AUGAACUGUCCUACAAAAGAUACCUCCAAGUCUUAUAUUUCAGGUUAUAACCAAAAUCCAUCUCCUUUGGACAACGAUCUUAUCACAAACAAACAACUCAACUCAAGCCCUUCACAUUCGAAUCAGAAGUCCAAGUCUGCAAAUCCUUUAAUAGAUCCCUCGAUGUCUUCAGAUCCGUCAUCUUCUUUUUCAAAUUCUUUGACUCGCCCAGAUUCCAGAGAUCAACUUGGAACUGCAACUGCUGUUGGACUAGAAACGCCAAAUAGCAGAAAGGAGCCCCCCUCCUCUAAUAUUUCCGCAUCCUCUAGUACUAACAGCACCACCGCAACUCAGCCAAUUUCGAUUGCUAAAAGUCUUUCCCAAGAAACUACACCCCUUCGCACUUCUCCUUCAAAUAGAAUUACACCUUUUGGUGGAUUGGAUUCUAAUGGCCGUCCUUCAACUUCCUCUUCAUCAGAUAACGAAAAUCCGUUUGACGACCCAACUUCUGAGCCACAUACCCAACAACACUUUUCUACUUUAUUUAAUUCAGCCAAUGCACAAAACAAUACUAGUCCGUUUCUCAGUGAUUAUAUUUCUUCUUCUCCAGGACCUUCUUCCAGAAAUCCGGAGUCUUUUUUUUCAGGAGUGUCUCAGAGGUUCCGCUCUAUUUUCAACGGUAACAGAGGUUUCGUGCCUUUAAGCAAUAACAUGGUUAAUAAUCACCGACCGCGCCCUAUCCACACAUCACCAAUUUCUUCUCAAAUUGAACAAAUCGGCCGAAUUUUUUUUAAAUAUCUUAAAUUCGUUGGCCCAAGUAUUAUUCUCUCAGUGGCCUACAUGGACCCAGGUAACUAUGUGACUGCAGUUUCCGCUGGUGCCAUGUAUAAGUACAAACUUUUAUUCGUCAUUUUGAUCUCCAACAUCUUUGCAGUUUUCCUUCAAGCAUUGUGUAUUAAACUAGGCUCAGUUACAGGACUUGAUCUGGCUCAAAAUUGUCGUGAACACCUUCCUCGUGGACUUAACAUCACUAUUUAUAUUAUGGCCGAAAUAGCUAUUAUUGCAACUGACUUGGCUGAAGUGGUUGGCACAGCCAUUUCACUCGACAUUCUCUUCGGUAUUCCGCUAGCUGUAGGUGUUUGCUUAACCAUCAUUGAUGUUCUCAUCAUUUUAAUGGCUUAUCGCCCUAAUGGUGAGAUGAAAAUCGUUCGUUAUUUCGAGUAUCUUGUUUCGGCUCUGGUAUUUUUCACUGUCAUCUGUUUUGCCAUUGAGCUCGGUAAUAUUGGUCCCAUAAGCCCUAGCGAGGUAUUUCGCGGCUUUUUGCCCUCAGGUGUGCUUUUCGAAACACAAGGGUUGUAUUUAUCAUGUGGUAUCCUUGGUGCUACUGUCAUGCCGCAUUCUCUUUACCUAGGCUCCGGAUUAGUUCAACCCCGUUUGCGAGACUUUGACAAAAAACAUGGUUACUUCAAGGAAGAAGAGGAAGAAAAUGAUGAAAUUGCUAUCUCUAAAUACAAACCUUCGAUUCAUGCAAUCAACUAUGGUAUGAAGUAUUCUAUUGCUGAACUCAUAAUUUCUUUGUCAACUGUUGCCAUUUUUGUCAAUUCCUCAAUUUUGAUUGUCGCUGGUGCUACUCUUGCCAACACUCCUGAAGCUAUUGAUGCCGAUUUAUACUCUAUUUACGACAUGCUCAAAACUUUACUUUCACCGGCUGCAGGUACUGUAUUUGCAUUGGCAUUGUUGUUUUCUGGUCAAUCAGCAGGUAUCGUGUGCACUCUUGCUGGUCAGAUGGUUGCUGAAGGAUUCAUUGCAUGGACAGUCAAACCUUGGAUCCGUAGACUCAUCACACGAUCCAUCGCUGUCAUACCAUGUUUGGUACUUUCAAUAUUUGUUGGACGUAAAGGCUUGGCAGAUGUUCUUACGGCUUCGCAAGUUGUACUUUCGUUGCUUUUGCCAUUUGUUUCUGCACCACUUAUCUUCUUUACUGCAAAGAAGUCGAUCAUGCGAGUUCCAUUGCUCCCAAGUGGUGUUAGUGACCAACCCCUGCAGCAUACCAACUCCUACAGUGCAGUGAGUCGCCAUCCACCUGCUUCUGAAAUUGUGGAGUCUAGUGCACUUGAACCAUCUUCUCGGUCCUUUGCAUCCCUCUCGCCAUCGCAGACAUUGACCGAUUCUCAUAAUAACGACAUCGCGCCAUUGACACUUUUAGAAGAUGACAGCGAUGAGGUUGGCUACCAAGAUAUUAUUAUUGCAACAACGCGCCGCAUUAGUGAGGACCACCAGCGCCGCCAGCGCCAAAGUAUGAGUUUUGAGCGUACUAGACCUAGCACUAGCAUAGAUAUUCCUCAUCGCGUGUCUGAAGAAAGGGAGGAUCAGGAGAUUGAAGAUGACGACAUGUCCAGUAUCAUGAUACCGGCAUAUAAAGAUAUGAGCAACAGCAUGCUCACUAAUGUUACUGCUGUAGUAAUUCUGACUUUGAUUACUGGACUCAACUUUUUUCUAAUUGUUUCGGCUGCGCUCGGAGCAGAUGUACAUUUUUGA